AUGGAUUCGCCAUCAAUUCCUAACAGUCUUUUCCGCAGGAAGGACAAGCACAAGAGAGGUAUUGUCUACUCUGUUAUGCUAUGUGGUGCAUCAGGUACAGGUAAGACAACUUUUGCUAACAACUUAUUGGAAUCAAAUCUUUUUAAACACAAAUACAAUGGUGGCUUGCACGAAUUUAAUCCAAAUACCAAUGACUAUUUGACCGUCACUAAGCCAACAAAGAUCAUCUCUUUCAAUUCCAAUAAUGGUUUGCCAUCACAAUCUAUGGAAAACCUGAUGGAUUUGACCAACAGUAGUGAGUUUGACCAGGUGUUUAACCCUGCUACUCAGAAUAAGGACUCUGGUAUCGCAAUUACAUCAACCUCAUUUGAAAUUCGUUCCAAGAAUGAAGAGAAGAAUAAGUAUGACGUGGAUAUGGACACUAUAUAUCUAAACCUAAUAAUGACAUUGGGCUUGGGUGAAAAUAUCGAUAAUAGUAUCUGUACUAGUGAAAUUGAUCUGUUUUUAAGGCAACAAUUUGACACUGUUUUGGCAGAAGAAACUAAAAUAAGAAGAAACCCAAGAUUCGAAGAUACUAGAGUACAUAUUGCACUUUACUUUAUCGAAAAUACAGGCCAUGGUCUAAGAGAACAAGAUGUUGAACUAAUGAAAACUUUGACCAAAUACACCAAUGUGCUGCCAAUUAUCUCAAAGGCUGAUUCUUUUUCUCCCGAGGAACUUAAGACCUUCAAGACUGCGGUUAUGAAUGAUAUCGAAAGAUAUAACAUCCCAAUCUAUAAAUUUGAUAUUGACCUCACCGAUCCAUCUCAAGAAUUUGAUCUAGAUCAACAAACAAUAGAAGAAAACGAGUAUCUGGCUGCUCUUCAGCCUUUUGCUACUAUAUGUUCUGACCAAAGGAAUGCUGAAGGUAAGGCUGUCAGGGAAUAUCCAUGGGGUUCUAUUUUAAUCGAUGACGAAAACAUCUCCGACUUAAAAAUAUUGAAAAAUGUGCUAUUUGGUUCACAUCUACAAGACUUCAAAGAUACCACGCAGAAUGUUCUUUAUGAGAAUUACCGUGCUGAAAAGUUAUCCUCAGUUACAAAUAACAAAUAUGAGGCAACAAAUCCCCAAUCAAACGACCAGAAUAUAAAGAGACAGUCUACAGUUCCAAGCUUGAGUAACUUCCAGUCAUUGAUACAAACUGGGCAAAUCAAAUCAUAUCAGAAUCUGCCCAUUUCACCAUCUCCUUCACAAAAUGGUAAUACAAAUCAAGCUACAGAAAAUCUGGAGGAUACAACCAAUAUGAGUGUAAUUUCUGAACAUUCCGGAAUGUCGCAAGGUGGUGUGCCAGAAAGAAGCCAAUUAAGAAACAUAUCAGAAACAGUACCGUACGUGCUAAGGCAUGAGAGACUUCUCGCUAAGCAACAAAAACUGGAGGAAUUAGAAGCACAAUCCGCCAAGGAAUUACAGAAGAGAAUCCAAGAAUUGGAAAGAAAGGCCCACGAAUUAAAAAUGAAAGAAAGAAGACUUUUGUCUGUAUCAGAUGUUCCAAACUCACCCCAAGUCAGUAUCAAGAGAGGAGAUACUUAUAAUGACUUGGCAUCGAUGGCUUCUAAUCGUUAA